AAUUUAACUUCUUAAUGAUUUCCAGAGAAAAUGCCGCUUGCGAGAGAUUUACUUCACCCUCAGCCUCAUGAGGAGAAAAGGAAGCAUAAGCUGAAGCGCUUGGUCCAGCACCCUAACUCCCACUUCAUGGAUGUUAAGUGCCCAGGGUGCUACAAGAUCACUACAGUUUUCAGCCACGCCCAGACUGUUGUAGUGUGUGCAGGUUGCAGCACUGUUCUAUGUCAGCCCACUGGAGGCAGAGCUAGGUUGACUGAAGGAUGCUCUUUCCGGAGGAAGCAGCACUAAGCAGCCUCUCUCAAGGAAGCAGCUCUUAAGUCCUAAUGUCGGCCCGGCUAUUCUCUCCCCGCUACACCAUCCUGAGCAAACCUAAACAAACAACGGACUGCAGUACACCAGCUUGUUUAUAAUCCCUUAACCGGUUUCUUGCUGAAAUAUACGUUAUGCACUCCAUAGAAA